GCGACAUGGCAGAGUAGUCAGUUAGUUCUGUGUUGACUGCGGUUCGAGAAGGUUGACAGUUUUCAUUUUGGCUCGCCCGAAAUCGGUAGACUACCACACGAAGCGGUUUUGGAUUUCUGAUUUCUAUUCGAUCCGAUCAAGGUGAUUGCACGAGAUUCGAUCGAGAGAACAUUUUGAGCCUAAACCAACAAGCUACCCUUUUCCCCGACCAAAUACGAUAUAUAUAUAACGAUAUAGCAACCCGUUUUCGAAUCGCAACGUACCAAGCGCAUUAUUUAUCAGGAAUAUUAUUUUAAAAGUAUCAAUAAAGUUAAAAAAUGGCUUUAGAAAAAAUCGCCAUGACCCAGCGUGCGAUGGUUGAAGAACAACAAGCACGAAUUGGAAAUCAAAAAUGGACUCAAUACUUAGCUGCCUUUAUUGCAACGAUUGGUGGGUUCAUCGCGGGUACAGCCCUAGGAUGGACAGCUCCAGCCGGUCCAAUGAUGGAAAACAAUCAGUAUUCAUUCGUUAUUUCAAAUGAAAGUCUCGCGUGGAUUGGAGCGUGUAUGCCACUUGGUGCCAUGCUUGGAUGUCCGGUUACCGCUGGCCUAGUCGAUAAAUUGGGACGUAAAAACAUGAUGCUAAUGUUGUCUGUCCCAGCACUCGUCGGCUGGGCAAUGAUAAUAUGGGCAGAAUCUGUGGCAUGGAUCUGUGCUGGCAGACUUUUGACCGGAUUUUCCAGUGGUUCGUUGUCUGUAAUUGUACCCUUGUACACUUCUGAAAUAGCUGAAAAGGAAAUUCGUGGUACUUUGGGAACAUAUUUUCAGUUACAAGUCACUGGAGGAAUUUUAUUCACCUAUAUCGUUGGAUCUUAUUUCAAUAUAUUUGGUCUGACUCUCAUUUGUGGUAUUAUUCCAAUCGUAUAUGUGGCUCUGAUGGUUUUAAUUCCAGAAAGUCCAAAUUUCCAUCUCAUGAAAGGAAACGUCGAAAAAGCUCGUUUAUCUUUAAGAUAUUUCCGUGGACCAUAUGGCACUGUGGACCAAGAAUUGUCUAUAAUGCAAGACUCGUUAGCGAAGACUGAAAGAGAAAGAGUUCCGUUAAUGGAAGCAUUCCAAACAACUCCAGCUAAACGCGGUUUGUUUAUUGGUCUCGGAGUUAUGCUUUUGCAACAAUUUUCUGGGUGCAAUGCUGUUAUAUUCUACGCUACGUAUAUCUUCAAAGAAUCUGGAAGCGCAAUGGAACCAAAUAUGUCCACAAUUAUCGUUGGUAUUAUGUCAGUAAUUGCCACUUAUGUUUCUACACUGAUCGUUGACAGAUUAGGAAGAAAAAUUCUCCUUUUGGGUUCAAUUAUUGUCAUGGGAAUUUGUACGUUGUUAAUUGGUGGCUUCUUCUUCAUGAAAGCUAACGAAUAUGACGUAUCAUCAAUUGGAUUUAUUCCACUUGUGUCCAUGUGUGUGUUCAUAGUCUUGUUCUCACUUGGUUUCGGUCCAAUCCCAUGGAUGUUGAUAGGUGAAAUUUUCCCGGCACAAAUCAAAGGUACCGCUUGCUCGAUCGCCUGUAUGGCCAACUGGUUUUUCGCUUUCAUUGUCACGAAAUUCUUUUCUUCGUUGGUAUCUGCCAUUCAUAUAUACAAUACAUUCUGGUUAUUCACAUUUUUCUCCGUGGUGGGUACUUUCUUCGUAAUUUGCAUCGUUCCUGAGACCAAAGGCAAGACGAUGGAUGAAAUUCAAGAAAUACUCGGCGCGGGCAAUGAUCUCACACCACCAACACAUGCCAAUGCUUCCAUCGACACCAAAGGAAAAUACGCGGAUGAGAUAAAACCAAAAAUUUGUGGAAAGUCGAUCUCAAGUAGACUUGACGACGAAUUAAAAUCUGUUUAUUAUGUUUUUAAAAUUCUAAUCGCUUCACUAGAUCAAUCGGCGGGUUGUAAUGAAAACAUAUCUAAAUUUAUUCCUACAUUCCACAUAGAUCAUAACAUGAAUAAUAUAUUUGAGGAAAGAAGUAGAGUAUGUGACUAUGAUGACAAUCAUGUUGCUUCUAGUUUCAGACGUCCCGAUGAUGAAGAUGAAGUUGAAAAACCAAAAAAAGUUUAUAGUGAAAAAAGUCCACUUAUUAACAAGACUGUUUCUAAAACUAUAACAACAGCUCAACAAAUUGCUGCUGAGAGCAUGGAGUCUCAAAUACAAACUCAAAAAGGAAAUCAGUAUUUGGCUGCAUUAAUUGUUACUAUUGGAGGGUUCAUCAUGGGUACGACACUUGGAUGGACAGCUCCUGCAGGUCCAAUGAUGGAAAACGGCCAAUAUGGAUUCCAAAUUACUGUGGAAAAUGUUUCAUGGAUAGCGUCAGUCAUGCCACUUGGUGCCAUGCUUGGAUGUCCAGUUAUGGCUGGUCUGGUCAACAAAUUAGGACGUAAACAUCUUAUGAUAAUGUUAACCAUACCUACACUUGCUGGUUGGGCAAUGAUAAUAUGGGCUAAAUCUGUGGUAUGGAUUUGUGUCGGAAGAUUUUUAACCGGAUUUUCUAAUGGUUCAUACUCUGUUAUUAUACCUCUGUACACUUCAGAAAUAGCUGAAAAGGAAAUCCGUGGUACUUUAGGUACUUAUUUUCAAUUGCAAGUUAAUGCAGGAAUCUUGUUCGCAUAUGUUAUGGGAUCCUAUCUCGAUGUAUUUGGUCUAUCUAUUGCUUGUGCAAUCAUUCCAGUAAUUUAUUUAUGUUUAAUGUUUUUAAUACCAGAAAGUCCAAUUUUCUAUCUUAUGAAAGGAGAUGUUGAAAAAGCUCGAAUAUCAUUGAAAUUUUUCCGUAAGCCUGUUGAUUGUGUAGAUCAAGAAUUAAAUACCAUGCAGAGUGCAUUAGCUAAAACUGAAAGAGAAAGAGUUCCAAUCAUGGAAGCAUUCCAAACUACACCAGCCAAACGAGGAUUGUUCUUAGGUCUUGGAGUUAUGGUUUUUCAACAGUUUUGUGGAUGUAACGCUGUUAUUUUCUAUGCCACUACUAUCUUCAAUGCAACUGGGAGUACAAUUUCAUCAAACACCUCCACAAUUAUUAUUGGUAUCAUGGCUGUUUUGUCUACAUAUGUAUCAACACUUGUUGUUGAUAAAUUGGGACGAAAAAUUCUGCUGUUGUAUUCUGUUGUUGCAAUGGGAAUUAGUACAUUCCUUAUUGGUGUAUUUUUUUAUGGAAAGGAAUCCCAUUACAAUGUUUCUUCUAUUGGAUUUAUUCCAUUGAUAUCAUUAUGUAUAUUCAUAAUAUUAUUUUCUAUUGGUUUUGGUCCUAUCCCGUGGAUGUUAAUGGGUGAAAUAUUCCCAGCUCAAAUUAAAGGUAUUGCCAGCUCAAUAGUUUGCAUGUCAAACUGGCUUUUUGUUUUCUUGGUUACCAAAUUUUUCACAUUAUUAGUCUCUGCUAUUUAUUUAUACAACACAUUUUGGCUAUUCACAUUAUUCAGUGUAUUGGGAACAUUCUUUGUGGUGUUUAUUGUACCUGAAACCAAAGGGAAGACCAUGGAAGAAAUUCAAGAAUUGCUUGGGGCUGAUCUUAUUCCACUAUUAACAGAAAAUCAUGAUGUCUUAGAAUAAUAUAUUAUCAAAUAUUAUUAUUUAUAUUUUAAAAUUAAACAAUUUUAUAUUAUUUAUCCGCCAGUCAUCAUAUAUUAUUAUUAUUAUUAUAAAAUUGUGUAUGAUCAUUUUUAGUAAUUUACUAAUAGAAAUAUUUACAUGUUUUUAUCAAUAACAAACAUUUAAUGUUUACCUGUUUUACUAACAUAUAUGUUUUAAUUAUUGGAUCUGUUUAAAUGGUUUUAAAUUGUUUUCUAUUAAAUUUAUAGUUUAAUGUAUAAUAUUUUAUAUAUAUUUUUUUUACUGAUUACUUUAAAGCUUAUAAUGUGAUGAAAUUUUUUAGUAUUAGCUUAAAUUUCUAAUUUUUGGAACAUUUCCAGUUUUCCACGGAUUAAAUAUAUUAUCUGCCGCUCCUAUUAUUAUUAUUAUUAUUAAUGUAUUUCUAAUUAGUGUGCCAAUUUAAAUCUGUGAUAUCUUAAGACUUAUUUAUUGUAUAAAAACAUGUAUGUAAUUUAAUAUAUUAAUAUAUAUCAUUUUAUGAGUA